AUGGGGGAGGAGAAUUGCACUGUUUUGACAGAGUUCAUUCUUCUUGGAUUAACAGAUGUUCCUGAGCUGAGAGUCUUUCUUUUCAUAGUGUUCCUUCUCAUAUAUGGAGUCACAGUUUUGGGAAAUGUGGGCAUGAUUGCACUGAUUCAGGUCAGCUCUCGACUUCACACUCCUAUGUACUUUUUCCUCAGCCACCUGUCCUUUAUAGAUUAUUGCUAUUCUACAAUCAUCGUGCCAAAGAUGCUAGCUAAUAUUGUAAACGAAGACAAAGCCAUCUCCUUCCUGGGAUGCAUGGUGCAGUUUUACUUAUUUUGUGCCUAUGCAAUCAGUGAAGUCUUCCUGCUGGCCGUGAUGGCCUAUGACCGCUUUGUGGCCAUCUGCAACCCACUGCUGUACAUGGUCACCAUGUCCCGGACUCUCUGUGUGGGGCUGGUGUCUUCCUGCUACCUCGGUGGGACUGUGUGUGCUCUGAUCCACUUGUGUUUAGCUCUUGAGAUCCCAUCCUACAGAUCAAAUGUGAUUAACCAUUUCUUUUGUGAUCUGCCCCCUCUCUUAUCUCUUGCUUGCUCUGAUGUCUCUACGAAUGAAUUGUUGCUAUACAUUGUGGCCUCAUUCAAUGAGGUCACCACCAUCGUGAUCAUCCUCACCUCCUACUUGUUUAUUCUCAUCACCAUCCUGAGGAUGCACUCUGCACAGGGAAGACGCAAAGCCUUUUCCACCUGUGCCUCCCACCUCACAGCCAUCGUUGUUUUCCAUGGAACAAUCCUAUUCACUUAUUUCCGCCCCAGUUUGGGCAACAGUGCCGAUACUGAUGAGGUGGCCACAGUGUUCUACACUGUAGUGAUUCCCAUGCUGAACCCCCUGAUCUAUAGUCUAAGAAACAAGGAUGUUAAAGAAGCUCUCAGAAAAGCUGUGAGUUCCAAAAUAUUUUCCUGGAGAAUAUUUUCUUAG